AGUAGCCACGCUGACCUGGCCGCAUGUGUGCUGUGUGGCGGCACUGGCCCAGCAUGCAGCUCCUGAGUCCUGAGAUGUAACGCUACCAUACCAUCGGCAUCUUCUCCUGCCAGCCAGCGUCGGAUUCCGCAUCAUUCCUUUGCCCCCUCGUAUACAAAUUAACACCGGCCAAACCCCGACUCCGGCAGAGACACCGGCUGCCCGCCGCCGCCGCACUACCUAAGCUAAGCUAAGCUUCCGGCCUUCUGCGGCUUCGGAGUCCCGGCACCGCCGGCAGGAUGAGCUCCGGCGGCUGCUCGACGUGCCUCGAGGUCAUCUUCGCCGUCGUCCUCCCGCCGCUCGGCGUCUUCUUCCGCUACGGCUGCUGUAGCUCAGAGUUCUUCAUCUCCCUCCUUCUGACGGUGCUGUGCUACGUCCCCGGCAUCGUGUACUCCCUCUACGUCAUCCUCCGGACGCCGCCGGAGCCGCCGGGCAUCGACGGGGAGCGGCCCUACGACAUGCUCGCCUGAUGGCCUUGACUGACCCCCCCUUGUACAACUCCACCCAAUCCCAACACGUACACACCCCCCUCGCUGUAGCUUUGCUGUACUUCUCCGUCGAUCGCCAUUUGUGAUAAGCUGUAGCCUGUAGGUAGCAGGUAGUGGUUCAGGACAUUCUUCCUGAUUGUUUUGUCUGCCGUAUGAGUAUGACGAUGAUUGUUCUGGGUUGGUGCGUGGCAUGCUGCCGUGUGUAAUUGGUCAUUGGUUUGCUGAUUCUUUUUUUCGACAUAGAAAUCUGAUGUCAGUUUGUCACCUUCACCUUAGGGUGCUGGUGAUUUCUUUGCCGACGCAGCAGUUGCUAAUUGGCAACUGGUAAGAUAUAUGGGUGUACUCAUGUAUAAAUCCGGACCAGUGAUGCGUCUCUGGACAAAGAAAAAAGAAGCUAUUGUUUGUAAUGAGAUUACAAAUCGUCUGUUUAUUUCACUGUCUGAAAACUGCACUUUGAACUUACGUACAGCUAGCAAACUGGCCUAUGACUGGACCUGGUCAAUAGAACUGAGGAAUGCUCGCAGUCGCAGAACACAAGUUACUUCUGAAUUACGUUCAAAAGCAAGUUACUUCUGAAAGAGACUAAUGGCACGAGACUGGAGCUAAAACUCUAGAUAGAAACACAUCAGAGAAUAUCAAAGAGCACAUGUAUCUGAAGCUAUAUGUUCUGCGGUAGGGUACAGCAAAAAAAGGAACAAUAACUAAAAAGAACGGAGCUGAACUGCAGAAGCAAGCAAAUCAAGCUUUAGCGGUCUUUUCGCUUGAGUUUAUCUACCGAAUCCGCCAGCCAUUUAACAGUGUUUUUCUUUAACAAUUACCUUCUUGGACAGUUUAUGUUCUGUAGCAAACAAUUCGUUCGUGUGCUAUCCGAAAUCAGGACACCGGUUGCUCUGAAACGAGACUGCAGGUUCAGAAUACCACAGAACAGGCAUGGGACGGAUGGAACUGCAUUCGAUCUGUUAAAUGUCAGAUUCAGCAGCAGCAGCAGCAGCAGCAUGCCACUUGGCUCAGACAACGUCGCAGUCUCAUGUGCUUUGUCGGUAGCUGCUGAAUUACCAACUACCGCUAUACAUACAUAAAUAAUCCGUAGUUUAGGGGCUGUUUGGAUGAGUCCUCACCUCACCUAGACGCGCUUGCCCGGUUCCUCAAGGAAAGAACGCUCGGAAAGUCUGAAGCUGAAGAGAGACGG